AUGUUGUUUACAAGUGUGCAUGACUUUAAGGAGGUGAUGACUAAUUAUAUUAUCCAAGAAGGGAUAAAGCUGUAUAGAGCCAAAAAUGAGAAAACUAGGUACAAGGCUUACUGCAAAGGAAAUGGCUAUAAGUGGAUGGUUCAUGCAAACUUAUGUUUGGAUAAGAAAACUUUCAAGAUUAAGAAGGUAAUAAAUGAACACUUUUGCAUUAGGAUAAGUAACAACAAUUCUGCUAUUAUAAGUGUUUGGAUUGUUAACAAGCUUGUUGCUCAAUUGCAAUUUGACCCAAAUAUGUCAUAUAAUUUGAUGCAGCAUGAAUUACAACAAAGGUAUGAAAUGAUGAAGGAUACAAAUCUUGAUAGCAUAGUCAUCAUGCAACUAGAAAGGCCUAAGUUGAGCAUGUACCUAACUUUUAAAAGUUUUUUCCUGUCCUUUGAUGCUUUAAGGACAGGCUUCGACAAUGGGUGUAGGCCUUUAAUUGGGGUUGAUGUCUACCACCUCAAAGGGCCAUGUAAAGGAGCUUUGCUAUCUGCUAUUGCCAUUAAUGGGAAUUGUGGCUUAUUUCUUGUUGUUGUGGCUAUAGUGGAGAUAGAGAAUGGUGACUUUUGGUCUUUGUUUUUGAACUUGGUUAAUACUGCCAUUGGGGACUUAAACAAACCAUUAGUAGUGAUGAGUGAUGGGAAAAAAAGGUCUUCAUCAAGAGUUGUUGGGUCUUCAUCAAGGAUUGUUGCAUCAAGAGCUUCAAGAAAACCUACUGGUGUGCAAGGAAGACCUGUUGUUGCGGCUUCAGGACUUGGUGGUGGUGCUCAUAAUGGUGCUAAAUCUGUCCUUACUUAUGGUGGUUCAAGGAGGGCUUCACUUGCAAGGAAGCCUCCAUUUGCUGGACUUGCUACCCUUGUUGUCUCUACCUCAGUAAUGAAUUUUGAUAGUGCUGAAGGGACACAAACUAAUGUCUCUAAUGUUGUUGAUAUGUGA